GUCAAUGAUUAUCACUUGAAUAACCUGUCGAGGGGGAAGCAGCAGUCUCGGGGAAGGCGUCGCGUCGGUUUCGCCCCAAUCUGGCAGUGAUUUCGCCCUCAAAAUCGAACGGCAAAACGAAGAGCUCGAGCAGUUUCAUCAUAUUCAGAUGCUGCUGCUGCUGUUCCUCCAAGUUGACGAUGUGAAGUCGCUGUUGGCCGCGACGGACUCGUUUUGUUUGUCGCCCAAGCCGUUCAUGGGACAAAGGCCGCCGCCCUCCACUAGUGUCGUCCUCAGCCCCGGGGAACCGUGAGUCCUCAGGAGGAGAAGAAGGCUCGAGACAGGACCGGGACUGCGGCAGGAAGGCCCUUCCUUCUCUCGCACCCGACGGACGGACGGACGGACGGGCCGCUGCCUUCUUCCUUCCUUCCCUCCUCCCGGCCCACCAGGAUCAUGGGGAGUUUUCCGGACUCGAAUGAAAUGCACAGCAAGGAGGUGGUGAAGCUAGAGUUGUUGUGUAAACAGCUCCAUGAAGCAAGUGAUGGCGUGCGACGACAAGAAGCAGAAAAGGCCCUGGUGGAAUUCCAGUCGGGUCGAAGUGCUGCUACACUCACUCAGUGCCAAAUGUUACUGGAUCGGGCUCAGUCAUCAUACUCCCAGUACUUGGCAGCAACCACUUUAACUAAAUUGGUCUCUCGAAACCCAUGUACGCUUUCUCUUCAGCAGAGAAUUGAUAUCCGUAACUACGUUUUGAACUAUUUAGCUACACGUCCAAAGUUGGUGCAUUAUGUCACCCAGGGUUUAGUGGUAUUAUUUGGUCGUAUUACAAAGUUGGGUUGGUUUGAUGGCUUGGAAAAGGAAGACUGGGCUUUCAGAAAUGUGGUUGGCGAUGUUUCACAGUUCCUACAGGGAUCGGUUGAGCAUUGUGUUAUAGGUGUGCAGCUUCUUGCCCAGUUGACAGCUGAAAUGAAUCAAAUAUCUGAAUCAGAUGCCAACAAGUCCCUAACCAAGCAUCGGAAAAUUGCAAGCUCAUUUAGAGACACUCAGCUAUAUGAUAUCUUCCAGUUAUCGUGUACCCUUCUAAGGACAGCACUUGAAAGUUCCAAAACACUUAAUUUCAAUGAUGAGAGUCAGCAUGGUUUAAUGACCAAUCUUUUGCGAUUGGCACUGAACUGUUUGACAUUUGACUUCAUUGGUACUUCAGUCGAUGAAAGUAGUGAUGAUCUAGGAACAGUACAGAUCCCUACAUCCUGGAGACCAGCUUUUCUUGAUUUUUCCACAGUUCAGCUGUUUUUUGAUCUAUAUGCGUCAUUACCAACUUCCUUGUCACCAGUGGCAUUGUCCUGUUUAGUCCAGAUAGCCUCUGUGAGGCGUACUUUAUUUAGUAAUGAGGAGCGUGCCAAGUUCCUGUCCCAGCUAGUCAAUGGAGUUAGAAAAAUAUUACAGAAUCCACAGGGCUUGAGUGAUCCUUCCAACUACCAUGAGUUUUGUCGACUUCUUCUUAGAUUGAAAAGCAAUUACCAGUUAGGGGAACUGGUAACUGUUGAACACUACCCAGAUGCAAUACAACUCAUUGCAAAAUUCACAGUCGAGUCCCUCAAUAUGUGGCAGUUUGCUCCAAAUAGUGUUCAUUACCUUCUCUCCCUAUGGCAACGCAUGGUUGGGUCUGUUCCAUACAUGAAGGCAACAGAACCACACCUUUUAGAGACCUAUACACCUGAAGUUGUGCGUGCCUAUGUUUCAUCUCGAUUAGAAAGUGUUAGUGUGGUGCUUCGAGAUGGCUUAGAUGAUCCUCUGGAUGAUGUUACUGUCAUUCAACAACAAUUAGAUCAGCUGUCAACCAUUGGUCGCUGUGAGUAUGCAAAAACCUGUGCGCUGUUGGUGCAGUUGUUUGAACAGACGGCACAACGCUAUCAAGAACUCAUAUCUGCUCGUAUGAAUAAUAGAUCUCAACAGCACACUAUAGAAGAAAUAGCUAUAUUAGAAGGUCAGCUAACGUGGCUGGUGUACAUGAUUGGCUCAGCUAUAGGAGGACGUGUGUCAUUCAAUACUAGUGAUGAUCAUGAUGCAAUGGAUGGAGAACUUGUUUGUAGAGUACUGCAGCUAAUGAACCUCACUGAUUCCUGCCUGCCCCAAGGAGGCUGUGAACGCCUCGAAGUGGCUACCAUAUCUUUUUUUGAGCAGUUUAGAAAAAUAUAUGUAGGUGACCAAGUACACAAGACAUCCAAGUUUUAUCGUCGUUUGUCAGAAAUUUUAGGACUUAAUGAUGAAUCUAUGGUUUUGGCUGUGUUUGUUAGAAAAAUCAUCACAAAUUUGAAGUAUUGGGGCCACUGUGAACAAAUAUUAACACGUACAUUAACCUUACUCUCAGACCUGUCCAUCAGUUAUAAUAGUGUACGGAAGCUUGUUAAACUCGAAGAAGUGCAAUUUAUGCUCAACAAUCACACAAGAGAAUUCAGAGUGCUUAAAGAGUCUGGCCCACCAAAUAGUGAACACUUUCCAUUUCUUGGAGUGGGUGUUUCUGUACAAGAAAUGAGAAGUAGAACGUUAUUUUACACUUCUCUAGGUCGUUUACUAAUGGUUGAUUUAGGAGAAGAUGAAGAAAAAUUCACACAGUUUAUGCUACCCAUUACUAGUGCAUUUGAUAGUGUUGGCCGACUUUUAGCUCAAGCAGAAACGCCUGUAUUUCAAGCAGAGGAAGCAAAGAAGGGAUUGAUAGGACUUGCGAGGGAUUUACGUGGUCUUGCUUAUGCAUUCAACACCAAAACAUCAUACAUGAUGCUUUUUGACUGGAUAUACCCAACUUAUACUGGUGUUCUAGUCAGUGGUGUUGAAAUCUGGAGCCAUGAUCCUCAGGUUACAACUCCUGUCCUGAAACUUUUUGCAGAAUUAGUUCAAAACAGAUCUCAGAGGCUUCAGUUUGAUGUAUCCUCACCUAAUGGUAUCCUGCUCUUCCGAGAGGCUAGUAAAGUCAUGUGUACAUAUGGUUCUAGAAUAUUAGCCCAGGGGGACAACAUUCCAAAGGAUCAGAUGUAUCCAAUGAGGCUCAAGGGUAUUAGCAUCUGCUUCUCUAUGCUCAAGGCGGCAUUAUGUGGGAACUACGUAAAUUUUGGUGUCUUUAGACUCUAUGGGGACGAUGCUCUAGACUCUGCACUACACACAUUUGUGAAGUUGUUACUUUCUAUACCACAGUCAGAUUUAUUAGUGUACCCCAAAUUAUCUCAAACUUAUUAUGUACUUCUGGAGUGCUUAGCGCAAGAUCACAUGAAUUUCUUGUCAACACUAGAACCUAAUGUCUUUCUCUACGUGCUGUCGUCCAUAUCUGAAGGACUUUCAGCUAUUGACUCUACUGUUGCAGGGAAAGCUCCACCCACCAUUCAGUAUUUGAAUCCAUCUGCUGAACACACAAUGGUGUGCAGUGGUUGUUGUGCAACAUUGGAUCAUAUAGUCUCUUACCUGUACAAAGUAUUGCAUAAUAAAAGUAAAAAGGGCACAGUAGACCUAGAAUCAGAUGCCUUAGUGAGAGUUAUGAAGCACCAGCCAUCAAUUCUACAACAGAUGCUUGCAACUGUCCUAAAUAUUAUAAUGUUUGAAGAUUGUAGAAAUCAGUGGAGCAUGUCACGUCCCCUGUUACCACUCAUUUUGUUGAAUAAUGAGUAUUUUGGGCAGUUACGACAACAGAUCAUUAGCCAGCAAGCUCCAGAUAAGCAAGGGGCAAUGGCGCAGUGGUUUGACAGCCUUAUGGAAGGAAUAGAACCCAAUCUUCUAACAAAAAACAGAGAUAAAUUCACUCAAAACUUGUCAGUGUUCCGUCGUGAUAUUAAUGACUCAUUAAAAGGACCAGUAACCAGUAGCGGUGGAGGCAGCAGCAGUGAAAUGAUGACAUCGUGACGACAACACUACCACCAAAAUGGUCUCCGCUUCACUCCUCAUCAUAAUGCCAGCCACCAUUACCGUCGCCGCUGUUAUUCUCUUUCUACCACAACUGCUUACACAGACACUG